UUUGACACGUGGCAUUCUAUUUUCUCUCUCCUGCUACUACUACUAUAUAUAUCUCAUAACCAACUUCAACAGUUCCUCAAUUCCAUUUUUGGAAAGAAAAAAAAAAUUCCCAAAUAAACUGUCGUUCUGAGGAUUUUUUUUUUAUUUAUUUAAGAUCUUUCAUGUUUGAGAUAUUUGCUAAGAAGGUUUUUUCAAAUCCCAUAAUUCCACAGAAGCCCCUCAAACAAAAUACGGUAUUUGCAAAAAUGUCCUUCCCUUCGUUUCCGCGUAAUGUGACCGUCGACGAGGAGCACUCUAUCAUGGUCUCUGCAUUGAAACACGUCAUAUGUGGUGGAACCGAUCCUGGGCCCACAAAAGUGGGCCCACAGCCACUUAAAUCACUCCAAAUUGCCACAUCAGCAAUUAACGGUACGAACGGGAGUACUCUAUUCAUGUCGUUUCCAGAUAACGACGCGUGUCGCGUGUGCAAGAUUAACGGCUGCUUAGGCUGUAACUACUUCCCCUUAAGCAAAACGACAACAAAAACAAUGUCGUCUUCGUCGUCGUCGAUGUCGUUGUCGUUUGCGAGGACAAAAGCUUCAAACGACAAGAAUAACAAGAGUGCGGUGGGGGAGAGGAAGAAGAAGAAGAAUUACAGAGGAGUGAGGCAGAGGCCGUGGGGGAAAUGGGCGGCUGAGAUUAGAGAUCCGAGGAGGGCGGCGCGUGUGUGGCUGGGUACGUUUGAGACGGCGGAGCUGGCGGCGAAGGCUUACGAUAGAGCGGCGAUUGAAUUCAGAGGGUCAAAGGCAAAGCUCAAUUUCCCAAUGUCUGAAUACGAAUAUAAAAAUGAAGAAGAAGAAAAAAGAAAGUGCAUGAACACAGAAUCAAAUUCAGAGUCAAGUGUGGUGGUUCAGCAGAGUACUUCCAGUUGGGAAAACGACACUGAGUUUUGGGAUGAGAUUGAGGAAGAUUGGGUGAGCAUGAUGAAUUUUCGAACUCUCAAACAAGAGACAGAGUGUUACGACAAGUAAACACCUUAUCCCAUCAUAGUUUUCUUUUAUUUAUUAUAUUAUUAGAGAGAGUAAUAGUGGAACCACUUCAAAUUUAGGCCUUAAUUUAAAUCUUAGAUUUCUUUAUUAAAAUCUUUUUAAACAAGUUUUCGUUUUGGGCUGAAUGCUAAUAUUAUUUCCAUAAUAAAACAAAGCUUUGCUUUGCGCCGUUUUUGUGUUUACAAAACCUUAGUAGUGUGAUAGUGAUAUUUAUUUUACUAGAAUAUAGAUGGUCCAGCUAGGCUUGUAGACUGUAGUGUUUGUUUAAAACCAAAAGAACUGGAUUUCUAGUGUUUGACUGUAGUGUGUGGGCGCCCGUCGAUUAGUUUGUUCUUUGUUGUAAUAUUUUAGUCUUGUUUC